UCGAGAGCGUAAGAAGGGGAAAAUCUUUAAUUAAGCUGAUAAUCUCUUGUUGGGACGAGAGUGGCUCCAUUUCACAGACCCCCUCAAACCCCCUCAAACCUCGCACCGCACGAGACCCUUGGUAGGACGAACUGAGGUUCUAUGCGCGAGCUCUGUAUCCUCUUACUUAGCCACCAGAUCGCAUAGACUUUAGGAGUUCUCCCGCGCGCCUGUCAGGAUGUUCAUGCAUUUAAAAGGCUUCUAUUGCGUUUUUGUUCUAUUGACCCACAUGAGAUCUUACUGUUGCUGGUCAGUGAAUAAUUUCCUGAUGACUGGACCCAAGGCCUACCUCAUCUACUCCAGCAGCGUGGCAGCAGGGGCCCAGAAUGGGAUCGAGGAAUGCAAGUACCAGUUUGCCUGGGAUCGCUGGAACUGCCCUGAGAGAGCCCUGCAGUUGUCCACGCACAGCAGCCUACGCAGCGCCAAUCGGGAGACGGCGUUUGUCCAUGCCAUCAGCUCUGCGGGGGUCAUGUACACACUUACCAGGAACUGCAGUUUGGGCGACUUCGACAACUGUGGCUGUGACGACACCCGGAAUGGACAACGAGGUGGUCAUGGGUGGCUAUGGGGAGGGUGCAGUGACAACGUUGGCUUUGGCGAGGCCAUUUCCAAGCAGUUUGUGGACGCGUUGGAGACCGGACAGGACGCGCGAGCCGCCAUGAACCUCCACAACAAUGAGGCCGGUCGCAAGGCGGUCAAGGGCACCAUGCAGCGCACCUGCAAGUGCCACGGGGUGUCGGGCAGCUGCACCACUCAAACCUGCUGGCUGCAGUUGCCCGAGUUCCGGGAGGUGGGGAACUACCUGAAGGACAAGUACCAGCGGGCGCUGAAGGUGGACCUCCUCAAGGGAGCCGGCAACAGCGCCGCCAGCCGCGGGGCCAUCAGCGAGACAUUCAACGCCAUCUCCCGCAAGGAGCUGGUCCACCUGGAGGACUCCCCGGACUACUGCCUGGAGAACCGUACGCUGGGCCUGCCCGGCAUGGAAGGCCGCGAGUGCGUGCGCAAGGGCAAGAACCUGACCAAGUGGGAGAAAAGGAGCUGUCGGAGGCUGUGCGGGGACUGCGGCCUGGCGGUGGAGGAGCGCAGGGCAGAGCUUGUGUCCAGUUGUAACUGCAAGUUCCACUGGUGCUGCGCAGUCAAGUGUGAGCAGUGCAGGAAGACGGUGACCAAGUACUUUUGCGUGAGGAAAGGCGUGGCGGCAGCGGCCGUGCAGGUGCAGAGGGCCAGGGGCAACGAGAGCCCCGCCAGCCGCAGGAAGAACCUCCGGAUGAGGAAGAAGCACUAAAAGAUGGUCUCCCCCUCCGGGACGGAUGGCUCCGUCCCUCGCUGGCAUGGUUAGAAGACGGCACCGCCCAGGGUCAACAGGUUUUAGAAAAUGUUUUGUUUUUGAUGUGUUUAAAGACCACUUUUUAGCAGUUUGUCCCCUUCAAUGGGGACGCCUUUGUAUGAAUGGCGAAAGGCGGGAAGGAGGUGAUUUUUGAAACGCCGCGGGAAGACGAGAAGGGAGAACCUUUAUAGAUUCGUAGGGAUAUUUUUUGGGAUAUAAAUUUAUAAAUGUAUAUUUUUGUACUUUUUAGAAUAAUGUUUUUGAGAAGACAUCAGGCAGAGAAAUGUAAAGAGUUUUUAUCCAAAUAGGAAAAAUUCUCAGCACCACUUUAUUUAUUCUCAUACACAAAACACAAAGGCUUUGAGAAAUGAUCAAAACAAUUGAUUUAUAUAACAUUCUCCGUCGAGGCGGGUCACCGAAUGAAGUCUAACCCUCCACUCCAUAUACCGCUUAGAUCUUCAUCUUUAACACAGCCGUCCUUUUCUGCCCUGUCGUGUAUUUAUCUGUAAAAUGUAAAAAAAUGAAGCACUUUGUACUGUACAUUAUUAAUUUAUUGCACAGCAUUUCCUAGUUUUUUUUUCUUUAUUCGUAGUUAC